CAAAACUGGAUUGGUACCAAAAUUGAAAGAAGCGCCAUUUAUUUGUGUGAUUUUUACAGGAAAUUUAAAAAUUGCCUUAGUGAAAUGGAAAUUCUUUCAUAUAUAAAUUUACCAUAAUUAUUGUGUUGUCUUGAGAAGAGUAUGAGACAUUAAAUUAUUAGUUUCAAGUUCUUACUAACGAUAUUAAAUGGUUGUCGUAAAUUUGUUUUCAACCGUGGCUACUGAGGAUAGAUUUGACAAGUUAAAAUGGCGGCGUCAUUUGAACUUGAGAUUGUUUACAACUUUUGAUGCCUCUGAGGAGCAUUUAAUGUGAAUUGUUUCUUGUUUUUAUUUGACUUUAAGUGACUGUAAUUUAUACAAAAUGGAUCACAAUCUGGAAGAUGCUUUGAAUUUGGAAAGUGCUAUGGGAGGAAUGGACUUUGAGAGUGCAGAUGUUGUGGUGAGCCAAGCAGAUAUAAGUCUCGACACUAGUACACAAGAAGGAGACAUUGCAAUGGAAUUUGAACAUAUUGAAGAGCAACCUAUGCUCAUGGACUCUGGGAAUGAAGAAAUAAUAGUUACAGACUUUAUGGCAGAUCAGUUCAAUCUACAAGAAUAUUCAAUUCAUGAUGAUCAGACCUCUGGGAUGACUACUACAGAAGAUUCUAAUCAACAAAAUAUACUUGCAAGUCAUAGAGAAAGUGUGGAUGUACAAUUUGAGCCUCGUGGAAUAGCACCAGUCAGGCUAGAAGUUAAAGAGAAACCAAAAUAUGUAGCAAUUAAGGCUGCACCUAAGAAAUCAGAUACACAAACAUUGUCUGCGACGCGUGAGAUUGCCAUAGCUCCAAAGCUGCCAAAAUUGAUUCCUGCAGUGAGCGGUAGAUUUACAAUACCUCAAAAAACGAAACACGUUGCUAUAGCUCCACAACCGGUAGCACUAAUCACAAACCAGAAUAAUAUUGUGAAAAAAAUACCUUUAAGUUCAGUUCUCAAAGAUGGAAAUCAGGGAGGUACAGUUUUAGCGCAAAUAGGAAAACAGCUAGUAAUGAUGCCAGCGUCUGCGAGUGGACAAAAAAUAAAAUUGGUAACAACUGGUAACACAGGAGCGCAAACAGUGCAGUAUAUCAAAACUAGUGCAGACCAUGCCCAACUGACACCGGCUAAAAGUUUUUCUGGUAUCCAGACAAAUAAACCUGUGGUGGCUAAAGUUAUUCUUCAAGGACAGUCAAACGUAGACAUUUCUAAUCAGCCGGCCGUGAUUACGAAGUUACUGCCCACGUCGAGUGCGAGCGUUCCGCAGACUCAGACCCGCUACAUAAUGCAGAGGAAAACCGUACCUAUAUCUGUGGGAAAAAGGGUGGUGAUGGCGACGCCUACAAAACAAGGCGUUAAGUUCACGAAGAAAGAACAAAACGUGUUUCAUUUCAAAACGCCGCCGAAAUUGAUGCCAGUCUCAACUACGGGCGCUGCGUCCAAAGUGGUAUUCACUUCUAAUACCACAACUUCUGGACAAAACGUUAUAUUGAAGACCACCAGUCCACAGAAGCUGACACAAAUAACAAAGGAUGGAAAAGUUGUCAUACAAGGCCAAAAAUCGCAGUUUCAUCAGGUUAAUAUUCCCGGAAAAGGGAUACAAUACAUAAAACUGGUGUCGAAUCAGAACCCAUCGGCAACGAAGACAGUGACCAAACUUCAAAGUUCGUCAUCUAACACGAAAUCGUUCGUGAUCAGUGACAAUAAAGGCAAGUUAGUUCAAGUUUCUGCUGCGCCUCCUCCACUCGUAUUCAGCGCUGCCGACAAGCGGCCACAAAAGCUCGUGAGGAUAGCGGCUGCGCCGUUAACAGUGAAAGCGACAUCAGUGGCUCAGGCGUCGGGUCGAUCCUCGCAGAGCUUACUGGCGCCUCUGACGUCGGCGGAGGAGGUCGUUGACCCCGCGCCCGCGCCUGUCACUGUGACUGCGCCUUCCAUUAUCACAUCUCAACCCGACAACGACGUUACGCAGGGAAUACAACUGGAGGCGCUCGAAGAGUACGAGAUUUCGGAAACUGUGGCCGAAGAAGAAGAAAUUGAGUUAAACUCUGUGGAUUCAAAGGGCGCGCUAAGAUCACUCGUUGCCAACGACGCCGCUCAGCGGGAUCAGAACGAACAACAACUCAGGCAGCGACAACGGCAGAGUCUAGAAGGCAGUGAUAACUCCAACAGUAACAGUAUGGAGCACCUCGUGCCCUCCGGCCGGUCAGAUGAUCACCCGCUCAUUGUCAUAUCGUCGAAUUAUAUCAAACAGGAAGCUGACUCGCAUAAUAGACAAGAAGACGACUCAACACAAAUGGACAGAAGCAAUAGAUGUAUUGAAACGGAGAUCUUAAACUCAUACCCAUUGUCGAAUUCUCCCACACCCGCGAAUGACAGUGAGGUGGUAACAGGCGAUCUAGGGUUCAAACCGCGUCGCGCGUGCAACUGCACCAAGUCACAAUGUCUCAAACUGUACUGUGACUGCUUCGCCAACGGAGAGUUCUGCAAUAGCUGCAAUUGCAAUAACUGCCACAAUAACCUUGAGAACGAGGAGUUACGGCAAAAGGCGAUACGAGCAUGCCUAGAAAGGAAUCCUAAUGCAUUCAGACCUAAAAUAGGCAAAACGAAAUCGGGUGGUCCAGAUAUAAUAAGAAGGCACAACAAAGGCUGCAAUUGCAAAAGAAGUGGAUGUCUCAAAAAUUAUUGCGAGUGCUACGAGGCGAAAAUAGCGUGUACGGCGAUGUGCAAGUGCGUUGGAUGCCGCAACGUAGAAGAAGGCCUGCAGCGACGGCACCCGCCCGCAGCUUCCAUAUACAGACCGCCGCCGCCGCCGGGAGAUCUAAAACAACCGUGCAGCUUCAUGACAAUGGAGGUGAUAGAAGCCGUGUGCCAGUGCCUGAUCGCAGCUUCGGUAGAGGACGGAUCUGCUGAGAACGCGGGCGCAGCGACGAGCGGGCCCGGCGCCGACGCGGACCCGGUGCGCGCCGUCAUCGACGAGUUCUCGCGCUGUCUGCAGGACGUCAUCAGCGCGUCGCAGCAAGCCGUGGUGCCGCACUAUGAGGUGAGCUGCUGUAAUGCAGAAUGUAGGGGGGCGGGCCCGGCGCCAACGCGGACCCGGUGCGCGCCGUCAUCGACGAGUUCUCGCGCUGUCUGCAGGACGUCAUCAGCGCGUCGCAGCAAGCCGUGGUGCCGCACUAUGAGGAACACGCAUGAUAUUCGGAGAAAUGGCGUUUCAUGCCCAUGUGAACUAGCAUCAGUCUGACAUUUGAUAUUUGUCGAAAUCCGUUUCUAUGUUCUAAGUAGUAUAAAAUGGAUGAUAAUGACAAUCAUUACCUUAAUUUAUUUGUAUCAAAAUUGAGCUUAUGCUAUGAAUAAUAGUGUUGAAUAUUAUAUCAAUUGCUCACUGCAUCAUAUAAAACUAGUGAAUGUAUUUUAUCCAUUUUAAAAAUUGGAUUUGAAUGAAAGUGUAAAUAAUGUAAGCUAUAUAGAAUCAGUUAUAACAGUUGCCCCCUCAUAGAUGUUUAUUUUAUAAAAUGAUUUAAUAAAUGUAAAUAAUUUUGUAAAUUUUUAUUUACCUAGUCAUAAGGAUACCUUUCGAGUUAAGGUAAAUGUAAGUACUA